CAUCCCCGUGGCGGUCUCCUCAUUGAACCUCUUCCAUUCGCCAGCCCGCUCCCUCCGCAGCCUCUCCCGUCAGGAGAGCCACACCACGUCACAGCCUCCGGUGGUGUCGCUCCCACACCGCGCCGUCUCCACAGCGCUGCGGGCUCCUGGUACCGAAAGGCCGGGUCCGAGACGGGAUAUGUUCUGGAAAUAAAUACACAAUGGAAACAGUGGUGGGAGGCAGUCGAUCGUUUUAUUUUUUUAUCGAAUAGCACCCUUGACUUUGAGGAUAUUACAUAGACCGAUCCAUCGGGCAUUGUCUGGAAUCUGCCGGCUCAAAUCUCAGCCUCGGCGCUCAGCGAGGGCAUGCCCAGGACGGCUGCUGCUAGCCGGCUGCUACCGCUAGCACCGCCCGGUCACCCCGACCGCCGCCGCCCGGUCGUCCGUCCCAGCAUCAAAGCAACUGGUCUUGCCCGCGUUGUUUAGCCCGCAGACACAAUCCGGAUCUGGACAUGAACACACGACCACGGAUCGUUCUCCAGGCAGAGCGGUCUUCUUGACCUCCACUCGCAGACCAACGAGCAAGACCGACACUGCUGGCAUCCAGAGAGAAGGGUUAUUCAACACUUGUAUGCAGCAUCAGUGUGAGGGGUGGGUGAUCGGAGGCAGGUAGCACGCUGUUAACCCCGGACCCCCCCCCCAACCACUCUCCCAUCCCCAACCCCUCUCCCCUCUCUCCCUCCCCGGCUGGGCACUUGCAUGGAUCCGCGGGAUGAUCCUGCAGCCAUCGAUGGACGUGUCCGGGUCUCUGCCCGUUUGGCUCAUUUGGUUUGCUAAACACCCCCCGGCUUCUCCUUCUCCUCCUUCUUCUCCUGCCUGCCGCAGCUUAUAAAGACCACUGAUGCUCGAUGCCAAAUGUGAUGACCCUCACGGACCCGCACCAUGCACGGGGUUGGCCGUGUUUUCGUCGACCCCCGCGGAUGACACGCGUGCGGUUCUCCGACUCGACCAGCGGCCAGCGAGCGACGCCGUCGCCGGGCAGCGGUGACCACGCAGCGGCGUCGGAGGGCUCCCCCGACCGCUAGCCCCGCACCGUAGCCCCACAGCGGGCUAUGUGGCUAACUGCACAAUACAAACACAUCGGUCACCGGCAGCACCAAUGGUGCCCAGUACGUUUUUAAUCGCAAUAUUCCUCCUGAAUUUGUAUAUAGGUGUACAGUCUUUUUUCUACGUGUUUUGGGGCAUCGUUUUGACCGUGAUGGUCGCCAUGGCGUUCCUGAGCGGACCCAGGCUGUUGGACUGGGCCAGCUCUCCUCCCCACCUGCAGUUCAACAGAUACGUCCUCACCGGGUACCGGCCGGUCUCCUCACUGCCCGAGUGCGUGAGGAGUCUGUUUUACCUCCACAAUGAGUUGGGGAACAUCUACACUCACGGCAUCCCACUGGUGUGCUUCCUGGUGCUCAUGCCCCUAAACAUCCCCUGGUCCCAGAUCAGUGUCACCUGGCUGGGCGUGGUCCACUUCCUGGCCUGCCUCUCUCCCCAGCUGGGCUCGGUGGUCUACCACCUCUUCAUGAACCACGAGGGCGGCGAGCCCGUCUACCACACCCUGCUGAAGCUGGACAUGUGUGGGAUAUGUAUGAUCAACACACUGGGUGCCCUCCCCAUCGUGUACAGCACGCUGCUGUGCUACCCCUUCACGCGCACCCUGGCGCUGAUCACCUACAUCGUGCUCUCCAGCUACGCCAUCUACUGCGCCGUCACGGCCAGCAGCAGCGUGCGCCGCCUGCGCUCCUUCGCCUGGCAGCUGCUCUUUCGCUUCACCUUCUUCCUGCUGCGGUGGGCGGGCGUGGGCGGCGGCAGCCCCACCUCGCUGCGCCACUUCCUCACCAUGGACGCGCUGGCCGUGCUGGGCGGGAUCAUCAACAUCACGCGCAUCCCCGAGCGCUUCAGCCCGGGCCUCUUCGACUACUGGUGCAACAGCCACCAGAUCAUGCACGUGUUGGUGGUGGGCUCCAUCCUGUACCUGCACUGGGGCGUGCUGGACGACCUGCUGUGGAUCAACAGCUACCACUGUCCGGACUGACUGGGGGGCCGAGCCCCCGCCCCUCCCCUCUGAAUCCCCUCUGACGGAGGCGGGGGGGCCAGGGAU